AUGGGCAAGCAUAACUUUGCCGUCGUCCUGGAUGCGGGAAGCUCAGGCACCCGAGUCUACGUUUACAGAUGGGACAAGGCCGCGCGAGCGCGCGCAAAGGGCGACGCAUCGGAUCUCCAAUCACUACCGGAAAUCAAAACUCACAAGAAAUGGCGGAAGAAGGUACACCCUGGCAUCUCAACCUUCGGCGAUAAGCCCGAAGCUGUCGGCCACGAGCACCUCAAGCAACUCGUCGAUUUUGCUGCCGAUAUUGUCGAGAAGGAUGAAAUCGCGAAUACCCCCAUCUUUCUGCUCGCGACGGCCGGCAUGCGAUUGUUGCCAGACCAUCAGCGCGCUCAGCUGCUCGAAUCCACGUGUUCGUAUUUUCAGCGGAACACGAAUUUUAAGCUGCCGGACUGCGAGGUGCAUGUGCAGGUCAUCCCCGGGGAAACAGAAGGACUCUACGGUUGGGUCGCGGCCAACUAUCUGCUUGGGGGUUUCGAUGCGCCGGAUAAGCAUGACCACGGCAAGGGACAUCACACCUAUGGAUUCUUGGACAUGGGCGGCGCAUCGGCGCAGAUCGCCUUUGCGCCGAAUGCGACGGAGGCUGAGAAGCAUGCCAACGAUCUUCAGCUUCUGAGGUUGCGGAAGGUCAAUGGCGAGCCUCUCGAGUACCGAGUCUUUGUUACCACCUGGCUUGGAUUCGGCGCGAACGAGGCGAGACGGCGGUACGUGGAGGGCUUGAUGGAGGCAUCUCCGAGCGUGCACGAAAUUCCCGAUCCUUGUCUCCCCGUCGGUAUCAAAGUCAAGAAGACUGGCGAAGAGAUCGCACCCGGGUCGAAGGACCUCAAGGGCGCGGAACCCCACCUGCUCGGAACUGGAGACUUCACGCAGUGUCUGAAGGCUACAUACCCGCUGUUAGAGAAAGAGAAGCAAUGUACGGAUACGCCGUGCCUACUUAACGGGCAACACACUCCGGCGAUCGACUUCAGCGUCAACCACUUUGUUGGAGUUUCCGAGUACUGGCAUACAACCCAUGAGGUCUUCGCCACGGCACACAAGGACAAGGCGUACGAUCUGCAGACAUACCAAAAGCAAGUGACGGAGUUUUGUUCACGGGACUGGAAGCGCAUUGAGAAGGACGUCGCGGAAGAGAAGUGGGGCCACAAGGUAGACGAAAAGACGGUGGAAGAGGUGUGCUUCAAGGCGAGCUGGCUGAUCAACAUGCUCCAUGACGGGAUCGGUAUUCCGAGAGUUGGGAUCGAGACAGGCAAGCACGGUGGUUCGAACAAGACCAACGCCAUCGUAGAGGGCGCCAAGGAUCGCGGCUUCUUGGAUCCCUUUCAGGCGGUUGACAAGAUUGAUGACAAGGAAGUCAGCUGGACGUUGGGCAAGGCCGUGCUGUACGCAUCAUCGCAGAUGCCAGCGGCAGAAGGUGCAAUGGCUGUUGGAUUCGGCAGCAAUGUCAAAGGCACCGCACUUCCCGGCGACUUCCAGUUUCCUGCCGGCCGAUUGGAGCCUCUCCCGAACGUCAACGAGACUGACAGUCAGGACUGGCAUGACCGGAUAUUGACUAGUGAAUACUCACGACGGAUGCCCGGCAUUCUCAUCUUCUUCUCCAUCUUUGCACUGGCCGUAUACCUCCUUUGCGGACGCGAACGUCGACUCACAUUCUGGCACAAGGUCCUCACAACGAUGGGCCGCAGGCCUGGCGGUACCCCUCGACCCAAACGCAAGACCAAACCUGCCUUCUCCCUAGGUGGCAAACUCUUCGGGAACGGCUCUCCGGUCUAUGAACGUGUCAUGGAAGAAGGCGACCCGGAAGACUUUGAACUGAACGACGUCUCCUCGGAAGAGGAAAGCACCACCACCACCACCCGCGAACCACCCGCGCCACGCAGCGGUCGAACAUCCGGCAUGGCGACCCCAGCCCUCCGAGGCCUCUCCCCCGACGUCACCCGCCAUUCCCCCAAGCCGGGCGGCGCGUAUUUCGAUAUGCCCGUGGGCGUCUCGCAUGGCCUGGGCAUCACGCCGUUCGAUCGCGGCGGGCUCCUGAGUCGCAGCGAGAGCAAGGAGCGCUUACACGUGGCCACCACGAGUAGGAGUCGCAGGACGAGUCCGACGCGCAAGAGUCCGCUCAUGUCGCCUCUGAAGGAGAAUGUGGACUGA